AUGGACCCUGAGAUUUUGGACCUGGUGCGGUCCGCCAUGGGCACCGUGCGCGUCCCGGGCCCAACAGACAAGGUGUACAAGGACGAGUGUGGGUUCAGCUUCGCCACUCCAGACUCCCAAGGCGGGCUGUACAUUAAUCUAGCCACCUUCCAAGCCUUUAGCGAGGAGUGGGUGGACCUCGACCAGCGGCGGACGGGGCAAGUACUCUACCUGCACGAACGCGGCAUCAAGGUGGGUCGUGAGUCAGGGCCCGCCGCUGAUGCUCCAACCACCCAGCUGGCCAUUGGGGUGGAGGGUGGCUUCGACAUCGGCGACACCCCCAAGUACGAUGUCGUCAAGGAGCAUGCGCUCGUCCUCCUGCCAGCCCAGAUCAGGGUACCCCUGCCAUGUGCCGAGCUCCCAGAGCUGGUGCUGCAGGCAGUAGCGGCUGUGCAGGCGCAUGACAGUGCCAGGCGUCAGGAUGAGGUGGCAGCGUGGACGGAGGAGCGGGUGGUGAGCAAGUAUGCAGAGGGACUCGAGCAGCUGCCGGCCACUCGGAGUAUCCCCAUGGACCCAGCACAGUGGAAGUGCGACGAAUCUGGCGCCACGGAGAACCUGUGGCUGAACCUGUCCACCGGCUUCAUCGGCUCUGGCCGUCCGAACUGGGACGGCACGGGCGGCAACGGCGCAGCCCUGCGGCAUUACGAGGCCACCGGGCGCAAGUACCCGCUGGCCGUCAAGCUAGGGACCAUCGCACCCCAGGGCGCCGAUGUCUACUCCUAUGCCCCGGAGGAGGACGACAUGGUGCUGGACCCCCACCUGGGCCGACACCUGGCGCACUGGGGCAUCAACAUGCUGCAGAUGGAGAAGACGGAGGCCACCAUGACAGAGCUGCAGAUAGCAAAGAACAUCGACUUCGAGUUUGAGCGGAUGACCGAGGCCGGUGCGACGCUGGAGCCCUUGUCUGGUGCCGGGCAUGUAGGCCUGAAGAAUCUGGGCAACUCCUGCUACGUGAACAGCGUGCUCCAGGUCCUGUGGUCCUUCCCAGAGCUGGAUGCGCGGUACCUUGCGCAGUACCGCUCUGUCUUCGAGACGGCGCCGCGGGUCGUGCCAGAUGACCUCCUGACCCAGUGGGUCAAGCUGGGAAGGGCACUGGUGCACGGCCUGACGCCCAAGGAGGAAGGCGAGGGGGGAGGGGAGGCGACGCCCCUGACCUCUGUGGCGCCCUCCACCUUCAAGACCCUGGUGGGGCGGGGGCACGCCGAGUUCUCCACCAACCAUCAGCAGGACGCUGAGGAGUACCUGGGCUACCUGUUGGAUGCGCUGGAGAAAACGGAGCGCGCCGCAGGACCAGACCGCCUUGUGUGUGGAGGGGAGACUCCAGCUCCCAAGGAGCUCGUCACAUUUGAGCUGGAAGACAGGAUCCAGUGCACUGUGUCUGGCAAGGUGACUUACAAGCGCUCCAAGGCGACGAGCCUUGGGCUGAGGAUUCCUCUGGAUGCAGCAACGAACCGCGCUGAGCUUGAAGCUCGCGACCAGAAGCGGCAGCGACUGGAGAAUGAGGCUCCUGAGGGCAGUGUUGACAAGAGGGAGGCCAAGGACGCCGACCCCCCAGUGCUCCCGCGGGUGCCCCUCAGCGCUUGUGUGGCGGCCUUCAUGUCCGAGGCCACCAUCGACGACGUGUUUUCAGCCGCACUGCAACAGAAGACCAUGGCUGCCAAGCGAACGCGUUUUGCAACCUUCCCGGAAGUCCUGUUGGUCCAAUUGAGGAGGUACUACGUUGCAGAGGACUGGACACCUCGCAAGAUGGAGGUAGCAGUGGACAUGCCGGCUCGGCUGUCGCUGGAGGCCUGGAGAUCCAGCGGUGUACAGGAGGAUGAAGAGCUGCAGCCUGAGACGCAGGAGGACCCUGGGGCUAGUGCCACUGGGGACGCUGGCUCGACCGCGCCCGUGCCGACGCUGGUGGAUGAGGGCCUGAUUGCGCAACUGGUGGGCAUGGGUUUCUCUGAGCCGGGAAGCCGCAGGGCGGCCGCUGCGGUGAACAGCGCCGGGCCCGAGGCGGCCAUGGAGUGGCUGCUGGCGCACAUGGACGACGCCGGGAUCAAUGACCCCCUGCCCGACGGCGGGGCAGGCAGCCAGUCCCAGCCCAGCGCCGAGGCCGUCUCUGCCCUGACCGGGAUGGGGUUCACGCCGGCGGCGGCGAGUGCGGCGCUGCAGGCCUGUGCGGGGGACGUGGAGAGGGCCGCAGACUGGCUGUUCAGCCGCAUGGACUCCCUGGCCGAGCUAGAGAGCGCGGAGGUGAGGGAUUCGGAGGCCACGCCCUUGGCCUCCCGAGUGAGGGACGGGCCGGGGGAGUACGAGCUGUCGGCCUUCAUCUCCCACAUGGGGGCAAACACGGCCUGCGGGCAUUACGUCUGCCACAUCAAGAAGGGCGGCCGCUGGGUGCUUUUCAAUGAUGAAAAGGUGGCAGCAUCCUCGACUCCGCCCACAGAGCUGGGGUACCUCUACGUCUACCGGCGCGUCAGGCUGUGA